UGCAAAACAUUUUUUCCCGAAUUGUGUUGCGUGCAACGAGCUCAUCAAUCCGAGACAAACCAAAAAAACUCCGAUACAUUCAACCUUCUGACAUGUUAUGAUUUGCAAUAUUUCUAUAUGUUGGUUUAAUUUCUUUUAGUACAUAUGCAGAGAAAUUCAGUCUAAAACCAUCAUUCUACUGACUCGGACUUUACAUAUUAUUUUUAAAUGUAAUACUAAACAGGGUAACCCCCCAGCUCGCAAAUAUUUCCUAUGGAAAUGUUCAUACGCAGUUCAGGCAAAUAAGCUUGUAAAUUGCAAUGAUUCACAAAAAUAAAGAUCUAAAACUCGGUGUGUGGCGCAUGCGACGAGAAGUUUGUGCACAGAAUAAAACAUAAUUUGUGAAACUCUGUUUGUGUAGAAAACUUGCAUCAAUGGAGAAAACAGAAUCUCAACAAGAUAACCUUCCUUCCGGUCCGAAUUCCGGUACGGAUGUAGUGACACCACUUUCACUUUCUGGGGAAGGAAAUGAUCCAAUUGUCCCUGAGGAGGACGAAGUAGAAGAAGACGAGGAGGAAGAGGAUGAGGAGGAAGGUGAAGAUGAAGAGGAGGAACAAGUUAUGGACGAAUAUGAAAUUCAAAGUGCAUCUCCUAAAGACGAGGACGAAGAAGAAGUCGAUGCAGAUGUAGAAGAUGAUGAAGAAGAGGAGGACCAUGAUAUUUAUGGAAUUGGAAUGUCAGUGAAAAGUGAAGGUGGAGUUACUACAACGUCGUCACUACCAUUGCCAAAAAUGAGGACCCGUUUUUCAAUGAGCAAUCAACAAAUACUGGAUUUAAACGAUCCUUACAACCAGCGAACUUUUGAGGACAACAUUUCUCGACUUAAUCAUUUGUUGGAGAACAAUCAGAAGGAAUAUUGUUUGAUCAACUACAGAGGACAAAAUCCAGAAGUAAAUGAGUUUCGACUUCAUCGAAAUCUAUUGGCAAAGGUGGUUUAUCAAGAUGAGCUAGACUUGACUGGAAACUUUCUCCAGCAAAUUGUUGGGCGCCGUUUAAAUGAUGACGACAUGCCGCAACUAGCAGAAUUUUUAAGUACCGAAGCCCAAGUUUCAAGACUGAAUCUCGCCUACAACAAUUUUGGCGAUGACGCAGUUUCUACUCUGGCAGGAGUUCUACUGGUACGAGGAGAUAUAUAUCACGUCAAUCUGGCUCACAAUGACAUUACUCCGAGAGGAUGCUCCCAGUUUCUUGAGAGCUUGAUGCAGCGUUCUCCGCUCCAUUCUUUAAAACUAUCUGGAAUUAAAUUGGGAAAAGAGGGCUUCGACUCUCUCAUUUGUCUUGUCAUGUGUGGACGUGGACCGUAUGACUUGGACGUGAGUGAAUCCGAUAUGUCCAUGGCCGACUUUCAAGGAUUGUGUUCCAGUUGGCAAGCUAUUGACAGAGAUGAAGAUUUCCCCAAAUUCCUGGUGGACCACCCACUUCCAAUACCUCUUGAGGUUCUGGCGGACAUGAAGGUGGCCAAUAAUGAAAUGAAGAGACAAGAAUACAAUUUAAUUCAACGGAGAAGCAUUGUCGAGCUGAUAAGAAAGGAUGCUGGUGACAUGAGAAGUGAAACGAGAAUGGAGAAAAUUCCAGAAAUCCCCAAGCAGGAUUUUGGACCACUCCAGGAUCCUUCCCGUUUGGUGGAGAAAGUCUCAGCCACCAUCCUGCAUGGGUUAUUUGAGAUUCCGGAACUGACGUCGAUGGCGAAUAAUAAUAGUGGCGACUAUGGCACGGACAAUAAUUAUGACGAUGCGAUAAUGACGACAACUUUGGACAGAGGUCAAGCAAAGAUUGACAUGAUUUUAAAAAAGUCUCAAAAGCUUCCCGACACCGGCUUAAUUAUUGACGAAUUCAAGAAGAUCAAAGAAGCUGGUUGCAUUCCCUUUGACGCCAAAGGACGACCAGUUAUAGUUUGUCCCAGCCUGUACUCUCUGAAUGCUGAUAACAUUCUUGAACUGGAGUCGACCAUCACUGGUCACUAUGGACAUUUUAUUCCAUCCCCUUUGGAUGACUUGGUAGAAGGAGCUCAAGAAAUGGCCAGGAUUGAAACACAAUCCACAAAAGCUCCAGAUGACGAGACUGCACAGCAAGCUGCAAAUAAAGUGGUCACACGCGUCCUCGCAGAAGCAGCUAAAUUCUCAUCAAACACAGAGUACGACGAGAAAUCGGAUGCCGCUCAGAUAUUAUUGGCCUCCGUGUUAACAACGUGUCAAAGGGUGAAAGAAUUGGAAGACUCGUCGGCGGAAUUUGCACAGGAGGACUUGAAUGCGAUUUGGGACAAUGCUACUCAAGAAACAGUGAACCUAAUUUACAAGAGAAUUCCUCCAGAACGUUGUUCCUUGUCUCCAAAAGAAAUCAUGAGUUUUGUGAGAAAGUUUAUGGAGUCUGCUAAUCGAACUCUUUUGCGACUGUUACAAAACCCUUUCAUUCCGCCACUCCUUUUGGACGUUGGGAACGCAGUUUGCAAAGAAGUUGCAGCCGAGGAAAGCUUUAAAAGGGUUGGACAGGAAGGCGGGGGUGGUUGUUGUAGUGGUGUUGGUGAAGCAGUAGUGUCGGACGAGGGGGGCCGCCGCUCCGUCAUUACAAACGCUGAUGGGCGUUCCAUGGAGGGGAGCAAUGUUCAAAGGAUCAUCACCAGCUUCUUGGAAGGGGCAGUCACGGCAGCAGCCACCUUAAUUGGUUCUGCAGACCCUUUCUCCUUGAGAUCACGAGAGCCUGGUAGUUCCUUAACUCGUGCGUUAGAAGCAAGUCAGCACGUUGCAGAGGAAACAGAAGGACGUGUUGGUCGGACGGUGAAAGACUUUAUCCUCGCGGGAGCGUCACUAUCAGUCGAUGCCAGUAAUGCAAAUAAGAAAUUGGAGACCGUUCUCGACACCUCCCUUGAUCCGGCAGUUGAAUUUCUAGAAGAAGCUUUUGACCAAGUGGCCAACUUGAUAAUUGAAAUGGAAAAGCGUCGCAAUGAACACGAGGUCCCAGUUAUCAAGUUCCCCUUUGCCUCCAAGCCUACACGGUUGGUGCUCAAUCGACCAAUAUUUCAGGACUUUGAGCCAAUAAUGGCUGCAAAAAUGGGAGACUUUCUCCAGUUGAAUACAUCCGUGAAAUGUUUGCAUAUGCGAAAGUGGAAUCUCGGCGAGGAUGGAAUGAUAAGUCUGAUGGACGGUCUCUUAGCUAACUCAAAUAUUGUCCUUUUCGACAUUGGAUGCAAUGCCAUAGGACCUGAGGGGGCGAAAUGCUUGGCGAGAUUUAUUCAGUUGAACCAAAAUCUGAAACAUCUCAUCCUGAACCAUAACCGCCUCCGGAAUCCAGGUCUAAGAUAUCUAACAGAAGCACUUCCAGGCUCCAGCGUAGAGUUCCUCAACAUAGCAUACAACGACAUUGCGGAAUCUCUCGAGCAGUUUUUUGAGAUUCUUCCAAAUACUCGGAUUAGAUCCCUGUACGCACUGGGGAAUCGAUUCAACCAGGCCUCGUGGACUAAGCUAAAAUAUUUAUUUGACACGGAAUGGCUACUCCCAGAAUAUUGUGACUUCCUCCUUCAAGACGUGGACGGAAGUGGGAUGAUUGUGAAAAACGCUCAAACUCGAGAUGCGAAUGAAUGGUAUGAUGUUCAACCUCUGGUUGCACGGGGACUUUACCGAGCUCCGUAUUUCGAAGAAACUGCCCACAUUACAACCCUCCUCAAGGACACUUACUAGACAGACACAAAAUUACACUCCUGUCUUCUUUUGAUCAUACUUUUUCAUAAUCAAAUUGACAUUCGUAAUCUAAUGACAUCAGUAUUAUGUAGAUUGAUAUUGAUAAAUUGGGGGAAAAUGAGACUUUCCUUCGAUUUCAUUAUCGCUAUAAAAAACUUGACAGCACA